AUGGCCGAAAAUAUAACUCCAGAAGAAUACCUUAAAAUCAUCACCGAUGCAUCUAAUUCCGUUAAAUCGAGAAUUGAAGCAGAAAAACAAUUAAGCAACCCAAGGGUAAUGAUCAUUUGUGGAUCAGGUCUUGGAGGCAUUGCUGAUCAAUUACAUUCUGAACCAAGGAUUGAAAUCCCAUAUCCUGAAAUCCCGGGAUUUAAAGAAUCUACCGUUCCCGGUCAUGCAGGGAAAUUAUUAUUUGGAUUAAUUGGACCCAAAAAAGUUCCCGUAAUGUGUAUGUUGGGGAGAUUACAUUUUUAUGAAGGUUAUACUUUCCAAGAAACUACUUUACCUGUAAGAUUAGCCAGUAAAUUAAAUAUUGAAACUGUGGUAGUUACCAAUGCUGCAGGUGGUACUAAUCCAGGUUUCAAGAGUGGUGAUUUGAUGGUUAUUUCUGACCAUAUCAAUUUCCCUGGUUUAGCAGGAUAUCAUCCAUUAAGGGGUCCAAAUUUGUCCGAAUUUGGAACAAGAUUUCAACCACUUUCAGAUGCCUAUGAUUUUGAAUUGAGAAAGUUAUUUUUCAACAAGGCUAGACAUGAAUUGAAAUUAACUAGAACCAUUCAUGAAGGGACUUAUCUCUUUGCAGCUGGGCCAACUUUUGAAACUAGAGCAGAAGUCAGGAUGAUUAGAAUGCUAGGGGGAGAUGCUGUGGGGAUGUCUACUGUUCCUGAAGUUAUUGUUGCACGUCAUUGCAAUAUGAGAGUAAUGGCAUUAUCAUUGAUUACGAACACAGCUGUAGGUGAAGAACCACCAAGUGCGUUUGAAGAGAAUCCAAAGCCGUUAGAUGAAGGUAUGGCUAGUCAUGCUGAAGUUUUGGAAACAGCAGAUGAGGCAUCUAAAGAUGUUCAAAAAAUUAUAGAGGCUGUUGUUAAUGAAUUGUAA